AUGAAUAAUUUCUUUUGUGAAAAAGCUUUAAAAAACACCACAACACCACCAGUAGCAGACACCACAACACCACCAGUAGCAGACACCACAACAUCACCACCAGUAGCAGACACCACAACACCACCAGUCACAGACACUACAACACCAGAUAGUCCAACACAAACCCCAGUUAGUGAACCAUCUGAAAAUACCCCAACCUUUGAUAAAAAUACAAAAACAGAUAUUUUUAGCAGUAAUCCUGUCAUUAACACUAAUACAGAUGCUUUAACAGAUACAAAUAGCGUUUUCUACUAUAGCUUAAGCUCAACUAGGAUUAAUGUUGAUCCAAAUACCACUGUGAUCAGUACAACAGAAGAAAGUGAAUUAGUUACAGAACCACCAACACCUAAAAAAACUACAACAUCCCAAUCCCAAAUAGGCACAAGCCAAGAAAAAUCAACCAUAACACAAUUCAAAACUUACACUACCACAGAAACAUUAUAUUUCCCAGGGUACACCACUUAUACAUCUUCAACAGGGACUGAUGGAGAAUUAACCACAUAUGCAACUUACAUUCCACCAAGUACUGUUGUGGUGAUCAAGAAAGUUACUUCAGCGACUGUAGUAUUUCAAGAAACUAAUACUCCUUCAUCUGGACAUCUUGAUCUGGGACUCUCAAUUUAUAAUUUAUACAAUAUUGCUACAUCAUUGUUUGUUAUUGCUGUAACAAUGCUUUAUUUAAUUAUUUCUUAA